AUGACAGUUCCUUUUAUUCUACUAUACCUACUCGUCUGGUCUUUGCACAGUCAAACCCUCGGCGUCCCAAAUGCUCAAUCCGAAAAGGUCCUGGAAUACGGAGAGGCACGACUCGCUCUUCUUAACAGUGACGACCCCGGCAUUGACGCGGAUCGAUUCGUCAUUAACCGAUAUGAUUUGCACCAAGGGAAAAUUAUAGACCAGCCCAGGGGUGCUUCUCUCCCUUGCAAACGGGCGGGCGUCCCCUGCGUCGCCGUCAACACCAAUGCCAAGGACGCGGAAAGUAAGGGGCCUACCGUCGAAAAGACGCAAGACGGCGAACUCAUAGCGGAAACCAGCAAGAAAUCUAAAGAAAGCUUUAAUUGUCUUUUAGAAGAGUACAAUUUUAGCAGCGUGGCCAAGCAGGAUAAGCUGUAUACUAAGCUGAGUACACGACUGCCAGAGUUUACCGCGCCGCGGGUUGACAGAAUCGCCGGUUUUACCAACAAGAUUGCCAGAGGUGCCCUAGCUGUAGCCGGCCUCGCCCUCUACGGCAAAGCCGUGGCAGACGUCUUCUCCAGCGAUGCCAGCGUCUUAGAUAAAGCCGGCCAUCGUGGCAUCCAUCCUGCCCGGAAUUGGCUUCGCCGUAUAGCUCGCCGCCGACGAGGUAGAACGGGGACACGCCUCCGCCACCCACGCCGCGCUGUGCUUUGCCCAAGACGCCCUCCUCGUCGCCGGGUUUUAGGAAGCCGCCCUAGUCAUGCAAUUCGCCACGCCACGUACCAGAUACUCACCUUGUUCCAGGCGUCGCAGCUCACGGGCGAUUUGCACGCCGCGCACAGGGUCCUGUCGGAAAACGCGACAAUUUCUGCCGCGGCACAGCAGGACCAAGGUAAUGCUGAUGUCGGCGCCCAUGUGCGGCCGGAGCUGAAGCGGCAAAUCUGUGCCACGAUAGCAGAAGCCAAGCAUCAGCUACAUGUGAAGCUUGAGGGCAUAGCGCUUAAUUACACGGUCAAGUUAGGGCGCGAAUUCAAAAAGCAGUUCCUUGACGAGUGGUUCGGGCACCUCCCCUGCGCCCAUCUUGGGCGUGACUAUCCCCGAAUUGCCCCAUGUUACAAAACACUCCAAGAGCAGGUUAACAAGGCGAGAAACACACCCCUGCCUCUGUAUGAAGAGCAAGUCAAGGCGGCCGUCAAGGAGGCGAUGGAGCGCCUAGCAGCUCCCGCUCCGUGCCAAUGCGAGCAGGGCAGAAAGAAAGGCAAGUGCGAAUUCGGGGACUGUCAGGGUCCCAAACUUGAAGGUCACCCCCGGGAUGCGGGCGGCAGGGUAUACAUAACCGACGUGCCGUCUCUGGAAAUGGCCAGGAGAGUGUCUAUAUCAGAGAGCUGCCAGGCCGUCUUCACGACAUCUCAUGGUCCAGGCUCGGCGGGUGAAACGGGCAGGCCCCUGUGGUGCACGCCGGGCUAA